GUAUAUACUUUAUUGUCAAUCUUGUCUAUACAUUGACGAGAUGGACAUAGUUGAUAAGCCAUACUACAAUGUUACCAAAUACAUUAUAAUUUUGACUGGAUUAAGUCUACAUCAUCCAAAAUGGUUUAAUUUCUUGUCAAAAUUUUACAUUUUUUUUAUUCACUUUUCUUUUAUAGGGGUUCAGAUUGCAGGAAUGAUAAAAAGAUUGGGUGAUAUUGAUUUGGUAUUGGAGUGUGUUACACCAGCGUGUUAUGCUAUAAUGAGUUCAAUUCUUUAUAUAAAUACGAAUCUGCAUGUAAAACAAGUAAUCAGUUUAAAUUUUUUGUUUUUCUUUCUUAAAGGAAGCUUUGUAGUGAUAAACGUUAUUUUCUGGAAAAUGCAAAGUGACUGGGAUACAUUAACAUCAAAACAUGAAGUUAAAAUUUUAAGCAAAUAUGGCAGAAAAUGCAAAAUUUACACUACGAUAUACACUUUUGUAUUAUAUGGAAAUGUUCUAUUUUACUAUUCAGCGCAUGGAAUUCCUUUGCUUAUUCAAAUUUUACAACAUAGUGAUGAGCCUAAACCAUUAAUUUUUCUAAUUGAAUGUGGUAUAGAUUCACAAAAAUACUACAGUUUAAUAUUAAUUUACAGUUACAUGUUUGGUCUUACAUGUACUUUUGGUACUGUAAAUGGUGGUACAAUUCUUGUAAUGUUUCUUGAGCAUGCUUGUGGAAUAUUUGAUAUUAUAGGACAUAAAUUGACUACAGCAAUUAAAGAAAAUCCUGAUUUUGAUAAUAAAAUUAGUACUCGAAAAAAGCUUCUAAGGGAAAUUAAAAUUUGUGUCGCACUACACAGAAGAGUUAUAUUAUUUGUCAAUGAUGCCCAGGAUGCUUAUGCAACUGCCUAUCUUUUGGUAUUUGGGGUUCUUAUAAUAAAUUUAAGCAUCACAGGAGUACAGUGUGUGACAAAUCUAAAGAAUUCUGGGGAUGGAUUAAGGUUUGGAUGUUACAUAUUAUGUCAAGUGUUUCAUAUUUAUGCUUUAACUCUACCAACUCAACAUUUACUGGAUACCAGCCUUAGUCUUUCUAGUGUCAUAUACAAUGCAGAGUGGUAUCAUCUGUCAACUGAAUCAAAAAAAUUGUUACUUAUAAUAAUGAGAAAAGGAACUGAACCAACAACAUUUGUCGUUGGCAAAAUAUUUAUACUUUCAUUACAGUUUUUUACAAAGGUUCUUCAAACAUCAAUGUCAUAUUUCUUUGUAUUAAAUUCUGUACGGGAAUGAAAAGAUAUUUCUACUGAUUUAUUUUAAGUUCAUAAUUUGGAUAAUUGAAUAGACUUUUUUA